AGGCGGUAAAGGUGUUGAAGAACCAGAUUCCAAAGCACUAAAUGGAAACGAAGGUAAACAAAACGGACCAAAAGCAUCAUGAUAUGGAUCUGUCCCUUGCGAAGGUGGAAUUGGUGUUCGUAGCAUUAGCACACUUGUUGGUCGUAAGAAUGCAGGGACUUGCGUAUCAAUUGCAGAGAGAACAGGAGAAGCCAUGAUGAAAGAUGAUUAUAUUUGCGUUGUUGUUGUUAUUGUUAUUGCUUCUGACCUAGGAUCGAUGGCUGAUGUAUUGCCUUUUAUCCUUUGCGCGUUUGUCUCUUUACUCUCAUACUCGAUCACAAUUUUUGUACCUCGUUAUGAUGAGCUAUCCUACGAUAACGAAUAGGUUGUGAAUGAGGAAGAGAAAGAGAAACACCUUCAGCCCUUUUCCAGAGAAGCCAAUGUCAAUCAGUGCUUUGUACCUUGUACCUA